GCUUAGUGCUGCGCAUCCAUGCGCCGGUGAGGGAGGGAGAGACCAGGGAAGAGCCAGGUGGAUGGUGGCUGUUUGAGGACAGACCCAGCAGGAAGCGUAGCGGUUCCGAUGCAUCAUGUACAAAAUGGGGGUCUUCCGUGUGGGACUUGGUGUGGUUUUGGGAGCAGCUGCAGGAAUUGGUCUCUUCUAUUAUUUUUAUAAACAAAAGAGAAAAAAACCCUGGCGGAGAUGGAGCUCCCGAUUUCUAAAUGUACAUAAUCAACAGAAUGCUCUGGACUGUCAGGAACGCACAGAAGUUCUGCAGCUUUAUAAUCGGGUCCCAAGGAUGAGAGCAGGCCUGGUGGAGGGUGGUGAUAGCAUCUCACAUACAACUCUUCUAACUCGUGAAGAACAAACUGAAGUACUGAACCAUCUAGACUUUGUGCUCAAAAGCCUUAUAGACCUGCGACAUGAAGUGGAAGAACUGAGAAACAGCCUGCAGGCUUUAGCUGGAGAGAUUAUUGGAGAAGUCAGGUCUCAUCUAGAAGAAAGCCAGAAGGUUACACGGCGGAGGCGUUUUGUAUAUCCCAGGGAAAGAAGUGAUUCUACAGGAUCUAGCUCUAUAUAUUUCACAGCCAGCUCAGGAACAGCCAACACUUACGAUGCUGAAAGUGAGGGAGGUUAUACCACAGCCAAUGCAGAAUCUGAUUUUGAUCGGGAGUCUGAUAAAGAAAGUGAAGAGGGGGAAGAUGAAAUUAGUUGUGAGACAGUGAGAACUGCAAGGAGAGAUUCCUUGGACCUUGUCAAUGAAGAUGAAACAACACUGACCUCAGACCCUGCAGAGCAAGAGCUUGGUCAGUUGCUGCAGCAAGCGGAUCAGUUGCACAGCAGGAGUGACCAGGAGAAGAGGGAAGGAUUCCAGCUGCUGCUUAACAACAAACUUGUGUAUGGUGACAAGCAAGAUUUCCUUUGGCGUCUGGCUCGAGCAUAUAGUGAUAUGUAUGAGAUCACAGAAGAUGCAGAUGAGAAGAAAACCUAUGUUUCUGACGGCAAAGAAGAAAUGGAGAUGGCUCUGCUUAUGGGGGAUCAAAAUGCUGACUGUCACCAGUGGUAUGCUGUUCUCUGUGGUCAGUUUUCAGAACAUGACAGUAUACAAAAAAGAAUACAGGCAGGAUAUGUUUUUAAGAAACAUAUUGACAAAGCAAUAGCUCUGAGACCAGAUGAUCCCAAAUCUUACUAUCUCUUGGGCCGGUGGUGUUACCAGGUCUCUCAGCUGGGAUGGUUGGAAAGGAAAACUGCUUCUGCUUUGUAUGAAGAACCCCCUACAGCAAGUGUCCAAGAUGCACUGCAGAACUUCUUAAAAGCUGAAGACCUGAGCAAUGGUUUUUCAAAAAUGGGAAGAGUAUAUAUUGCCAAGUGCUACAGGGAACUGGGGGAUAACUCUACAGCUGCUCACUGGCUGAGUUUGGCUUCGGAGCUGCCAGUUAUCACGAAAGAGGAUGCAGAAUGCAACAGAGAAAUAGAAGAGAUGCAGGCAAUUUCAGAAGACUAAGCAAGUUUAAAGUUCCCAUACUUAAAAAGCAUUUGUGUCUGAGUGGUGGCAGUUCCAUUUCACAAUCAUGAUUACCCUUACUUGGCUUCAUGAACAAGCCACAGAAAGCAAAAAGCAAACAAACCAAACCAAGCUGCAGUUUCAGCAGUAUUUUCUCAAAGAUAUUUGCUAGCACUACCAUAAUGGUUAAAUAAUGUAAUCCAUUUCCCUUGUUGUUUAAUCAGAUGGUCUGGUUAACUCCUAUGCUUAACUGUUCUCAAAACAGAAGGCACCAGUUUGAUUCGUAUUUUUUCAUUUUCAGACAUAUUCACCACUCAGGCACUACCAAGUCACAUUAAUUGCAUCUCUUCCUGUAGUAAGAUGGAGUCAACAUGUCAUUACAUAUGCUGAUCCUACUUGCAUAAAAUGUUAGAAAUUAUUUUUAGAAAAAAGUGCAGUGUUAGAUGUGAUAUGGAACAAUAAUGCACAAGAUCUCACUUUUUAUAUUAGAAUCAGAGGAACAUUUUUACAGUCAUAUGCCCCUUUAUACAUGUAUUAUAUAGGCCAGAUAAUGCCGAUAUAUUUACUUCUACCUAGCAAUAGGGGAUGGAAUUCAAGGUUAAAUGAAGAAAACUGCUGAGGAAAGCCUUUCACAUCACCUCUCCUGGCACUGCAGUCCCAGGCUGCAUCUCCCUAGUGGCUGCUUUGAUAUAAAAUGUAAAGGGACUAUGAGAGUUCUUGAUUGAUCCCCUGUAUUUUAUCUAGUUUAAAAUGAACAUGUGAGAUGAUUGUGGAUUUUUCAGCCACAAAUUUAUGUUCUUUCCUGCUUAAUCAGUGGGCACACUGUUUCAUGUUUUCCUCCUGUUGAAAACUGUUUGUUGGCUGUGUACAAAACCAAGUACAUAAUGACAUAACAAUUCACAGGUUUUCUUGCCCACUUGCUGUUUCUCAUUUACACCCAGAUCUCAUUAUAAACCAAAGACGCCCUAGAGUUUUAACCCAUUUUUAAAAGACUGGUUUGUUUCUCCUUGAACAAUUCAGAGUUCUAGGUUUAUCCCAGAACUAGGAACAGAAUAUUUCAGUGUUGUUUUGUAAUCCAGAUGCACAGUUGAAGCUGGUGUGAAACAGAGCACUCACUCCUUUGUGGCCAACAGUUCAUGAAACAUCUUUACUUCUGAACAAAUGUCUGAUUCAAAUAUAUGAAUCAGAAUGGUCCAAAGAGGAAAACGGUAAAAUCUACUGUGCAUUGGUAAAUACUAUAUAGAAUCUGUUUUCCUUCAGGAUGUGGGUUACUGUCCACCUUUAUAGCAUGGUAUUAGGAAUCCAAUUUCAAACAGUUAAUUCUCCAAAAGUUGUAAUUCUACUGCCCCCGUAGAAAUAACUUGUAAAAAUAUUAAUUGUGUCCCAAAUCCAGUGUGUCUUUUUGCAUAUUCAAAAAACUUCAUAUUACUACUUCAAUAUGGCAUCUGGUAAUGGUGUUUGCAGAAUUUGUAAGAAGAAACCAGUGGAAUUGAGGAAGGGAGAGUCUUGAUACAGGAAACCUAUUAAAAUAUCAUACUAAUAUUGGAUACAGCCCUUUCUAAAGAAAUCCAACAAAAUCUGAGGCCUUUUUUUGCAGAGAAGCAGACUAUUCAAAAGAAAAUAGUUUUACUAGUACUAAUCUUUCAAGAUUCUAGGUGCAAGUCUUCAGUUAAAAAAACAAAACCCAACUGCUCCCCUUUUAAUUAAAAAAAUAGGAUUAAUUUUGAGGCCUAAUAAUUUUCAAAGAAUCUUUUUCUCUAGUGAUAUAUAGAUAUUAGUGCAUGUGCGUGUGUGUGCAUGUGCAUAUGUGUAAACUGAAAAUUCUGUUAUUUGAACCAAAAAAUAGGUUACAAAUGAAAUUUCUCUGUUUUAAAGCUUUUGUCCAAAAUGAACAUAUGGACGCUUGAUGUUUGGUUUGGGGUAAUAAUUUGUCUUAGUUCCAAGUCUUGGUCCUGUAUUUCAAAUUCCUGACAAUUUUAGUGAAAUUGGUCUUGAGGCUUUUAGAAUUAGGCCUUGAAAAAAACCGGUUGAUGUAACCCAGCAGCUUUCAAAUCCUUCUCAUGAACCAAUUGAAAAUUGCUGGGGGUCUCAGUGGACCACUUUGGUUCUACCACUCAAAGCAUGUAGCUCAUAUUUUAACCUUUUUCUUCAGCACCUGUAUCAUUGUCAGACCCAGCGCCAUGUUGUGAAAAUCAUGUGCUCUAGCCUAGGCUGCUGAGAGAGGCACUUUGAAUUGGUUUUUUAAAAGAGAAAAAUUAACAGGACACUGAUAUAGUUUAUGGUGAAAAUGAUUGGGCCUUGUAAGUCUUUUAAGUAAUCUUUUCCAAGGCAAAACAGCCUGACUCUUCACCUGAAAUAAUAGAUCUAGUGCAGGGGCUAUAUAGAGAGAUUCUUCAUUUUCCAUAAUCAUUUCUGUAGGCCACCUGAGAGCCGCUAAUUGGAGCCUGGGUAUUUCAGUCCAGGUAUACAAAUGUAACUGAUAAAAGCCAAUGAUGUUCAACUGCUCUGCACUGUCUGGACCCACAUUUUGGCUGUUCAUUAGAGCAGGUGCUGUGACAGCAUCACUGGUUCACAGCUUUCUUCAGUAAUCAGGGAAAAUGGGUGCAUUGCAUCCAGGAUGCCCUGGAGAUUGUUUCUUCUUCAUGGAAAAGAAAGCUUAGUUUGACUAACAUUUGAUAAUUUUCUAUAGGAUGAAAUGCUUAGGAGAAGUGUAUGAAUUGUUAGUUGGUGACCAAAGUAUAUUUUCUGUGAGUGCUGCUUUUAAAAACAAUGCUCUUAAAGCAUUUACAGGAGCUGAGGACUGUAACAAAAGCUGCAAGCCUGUACUCUUUUCCUUAAAAAUAAUCUCAGUGGGUCCAGUGGUACUUAGUUCUGGUAAAUCUGUAAAGAAUUGCAGUGUAAAUACAGCUUCUUGUUUUUACCACGUAUUGACAUUCCUAUACAUUGAGAAUUUUGAUAGAGUGGAUGAAUUUGCAUUCCAUGGCAACCCAUCCUGCAAACAAGCUAUUAAGUAGUGCAGGUUGUUCAUGGAACAGCCUAUGGUGGGUCUAUCAAACAAUUAGGCUCAUUGUGGGUUGUCCCUCAGUCCUUCCUCCUGGGUCCUCCACUUCAUAUUCAAUGGGGCUUGGGGUCUUCCCCCUGCUGCAGUUAUGACCCAUUUUAUGUUCACCACGACCUUUCCCCCUUUUAUCCUUUCUUUUUUGGAGAUCACAAAAGAAGGAAGCAUGAUACCUUUAAAUUAUUUUUAAGCACAAGGAAACGUAAUUCAAAAAAUCAGUCGGUCUUGCAUAACUAAAGAGGGAUGGGGGUUUGCAGUGGGCAGGUUUGCCUGGGCAAAGCCCUUGGAUGUGCCUGCUGUCAAUGUGCAAUAAGUCCAAGCAUGCAUAUUGACUUAGACAAGCUCUAAAAGGCCAUUUUGACUUAAAGCUCUCUUGGCUGCUCACCUUUUGAGAGUUGUCAAGGGAAAGCAAAGCUGCUUGCUAUACUUCAUGUAAGGGGGUAAGAAGCAGAUAAUCCCCUUCACAGCAAGAUCCUCUAGUUUCUUGGUUGGACCCAACUUGUUAUCAGUGUCCUGUACCAUUUCCACCCUUUUCUGCAAGUCUAGGUACUUGGGAAAGGGAAAAGUCCAAGUCACAUUUUUUAUGGGAGUAUGGGCUCCUGACAAACUGUCAAGUUGCAAGCUUCCUUUUAAAGCAGAAUUUUGACAGAGCUAAUCAUGGCUUCCCAUUUUAGACUCCUGCAUAUGUGCAUAUCUGCAUUUGUGUGAAGCUGGUAGUUUUUAAAAAAUAAUAAAAAUAUCCACACAAACUUAUUGCACCUUGAAAAGGAGUGGCAAAUCAGUGAAAGCUUCUCUAAUUUCUGCUUGGGUGCUUUGCAAGAGCUGUUAACCUCAGAGAUGGUGAAAAACAAUUUCUGCCCAAAGAGGCAGAAAGUUUCAGUCAGAAUCAAAGGGCUUGUGAUUGCAGCAGAGGAUCCUGAUCCAGUGAUAGAAGCUCUGCCAUGCAUUGGCAGUUAUCAUUUGCAAUGGCUUGGGCAAGUUUGACAAGAGCAGCAAAGAGUUUUUGCCACUCCGGCUGUUCUCUGUACCAAUAAACAGAAUUAGUCAUUCACCUUCAGAAGACAACAACCCAUCAUGGGUUGUACAACUAUGCACAGCAACCUGGAACAACCAAGGAUUGUCAUGGUGGCUUGUUGCUCACAAAUAAGGAAUUUUGAAGGACACCGCUCAGGUUCACACAACAUGACAGUUCAGCUUGGUUAUUUUCCAUGAUGGUUUGUUGUGCCAUCAAUAUUUUCUGUUGUAAUCAUUUUAGUAGUAUGGUUGCUAGUAUUACUAUUAUGUUCUGAGAUGGCACUGAGAAUUUUUCAAAAAGCAAACACUUAUUUAUUGAAGGUGCAUGUUUGAAUUAAGUAACUGUUGCUCUAAUAAGUAAACCUGAUUAAAAUGGGCUUGGAGUUUAUUAGGAAAGUAACUUCAUUCUAUCCUGAUCCUUCCCUCAGUUGAAGCAUAGGGUUUUGCAAGUUGGGACGAAAAAGCGUUGAGUUCCCUAGUCUGCAUGCUGUGCUUGCCCCUCACAUAAAGAACUGGAGGGAAAACUUUGCCCCAAAUGCCUCCUUUGUUUGGAAUAUCCUAAGUCAAAAGAUUGCCUCUUUAUCACUAAUAGCACAGAGCAACAUGCUGAAAUUCAAAAGUAUGUAUUUUCCUUUUGUACUACCCAAUUGCUGCCAAAGUUCUUUCUUCAUCAAAAAAGGAAAAAAAAAUUCUUAUGCUGAAGUCAGGACUAUAUAAACUUCAGUGAGGUAGAUGAGAGCCCUGAAGUUAGUGUUACGGAGAAUAAGGAAGGAUGAUUCUGAGGAAAGCUGGCCUUUCUUUAGAAGAUGUGUGCUUCAAGAGGCCCACGGUAAAUGGGGGGGGGGCUAUUUCUCUUUUAAUUGCCCAUGUUUUGUUGACUUGAAUUAAAAUUUGAACAUUGAAAAUUAUGAAUGCACUGCACCCCUCACAGAGGCACUGAGAAAUCACAUGGAUGAGUUGUAGCAGAAGAGAGCACACUGCAUUACUGAUGUUGGAAAAUGUAUUUUGAAGAUUUGUUACAAGGAACAAAAUCCAAUUACUUUUUCCUGUAACAGUGUAUUUUCUGUAUUUUUGUUUUUAGAAAUCAAACUAACUUAAGAGUUUAUUGUAAAACUGCAUAAGUGAUUUUAAUGGCAGCUUCAUUUGAAAUAAAAUUGAAAGCACUGUUAAUGUCUAAUAUAUGUUAUGAAAUUAAAAUAUCUAUAUUCUUUAUGGCUAUGGUUUGAACUCAGAUUUCCUGAAUGGGGUGUUCCCUGUAGGAGGAAGGAGGGAUGGUGAUGUUGCAUUGCCCCUGCAACUCCCUGGGCUUCCUGAGCUGCAGCUCUGGAAGGCCAGGGGACUUCCUCUGAUGAUGUGACUUGGCUGAAGGAAGCAUCACUGAAAUUGGAGCAAAUUAAUUUGAUACCAAUGCUCACCUCAUUUUUUCAUAAAUGCAUUCUGGAUUUGAAAGUACAAUUAUUAGCAGUGAAGAUGCUAACCCUAGCUAAUAAUGUUAUUUAAAAUGUCAGGAUUCCGUUUAAUAAAGAAGGUGACACAAACUCA